AUCCAAGAUCUACAGAAUCAAAUUUUAAAAUCAUAAUAAUUUGGUCCAUGGAAAGCCAUUUCCAAAACAAGAAAUCAUUAUAUAUUCUUUGCAUGUCUUCUUCCAUAACACUCUUAUCUUUCCACUACCUCUCCCUUCCCUUAUCAUCUCACAAGUCAAAAUGGAAAAAAAACCAGUAAUCUCAGCAACCCGAUCACUAGCAACUCAGCUUCUCUUCCUCAUUUCAAGUAUUCUCUUCACGUGCCCUUCGGCCACAGCCCGAGAGCUUCUCGUUGGCUUUAAAGCCAGCCCAAGUUCAUCAGUCUCAUCCUUUCAAUCUCUCUUGAAUGACUCAACAAGCACCUUUUCUCUAGGUUUCCUCCGAGUCAACCAAACCCAACUCGCCCUCACAGUCAUCCACCUCCCUUCCCUCCAGCCACUCUGGCAGGCUAACCCAACAAGCUCAUUUCGUUGGUCAGACAAGACCCAGCUCUUCUUCAAUGGUAGUCUUGUGAUAUCUGAUCCACACAAGAGGUCAUUUUGGUCCACAGGAACGUCCCAACAAGGUGACAGAGUUGUCCUCCUCAACUCCUCAAACCUACAAAUACUACAAAAACAAGAAGUUCUCUGGCAAAGUUUCGAUUUUCCCACAAGUACCCUCGUCGAGAACCAGAAUUUCACUUCUAACAUGUCUCUCGUCUCCUCCAACGGGCUUUACUCCAUGCGCUUAGGAGAUGACUUCAUGGCCCUAUACGCCAGGUUCAAAGAUGGGAAAACGCAACAAAUGUACUGGAAACACAAAGCCAUGGAAGCUAAAGCAGAAGUUGUUCAAGGACAAGGUCCGAUCCAUGCCCGACUCGAAUCCGAUGGGUUUUUGGGCAUGUACCAAGUGGGAAAAACCGCGGUAGAUAUUCAACCUUUCAACAGCUUUCAUCGACCUUUUGACAGAUUCCUGAUGGUCCAGUUAGAACCGGACGGGAACCUCAAAGGCUAUUACUGGGCUCAAACCGCCUGGGUCUUGGACUACCAGGCUAUCACUGAAACGUGUGAGCUGCCCAGUCCCUGCGGUCCCUACGGUUUGUGCAGACCCGGGUCGGGCUGCUCCUGUUUGGAUAACCGGACCCAGGUGGACACUGCGUCAUUUCAGUGCAUUGAUGGGGAUGAUCAGUCCGGAGAUUUUUGCAGUGGAAGUGAUGAUUUCUGGGUGCUGAGGAGGAAAGGGGUGGAGUUACCGUUUAAGGAGUUGAUGGAUUCGGACACAACAUCAUCGUCUGCGGAGGAAUGUGAGCUGUCUUGUCAGAGGAACUGCAGCUGCUGGGGUGCAGUUUACAACAACGCAACCGGGUUUUGUUACCCUUUGAAUUACCCGAUCCAAACACUGGUGGGUGUGGGUGAUGAGAGUAAAGUCGGGUAUUUCAAGGUGAGAACCAAACGUAGCUGGCACAAGAAAAUGAAGGUGGGUAUUCGGGUUCUUGGGGCGGUUAUUGUGGUUCUGACCGGAGUUGUGCUUGGGUAUGGAGGUUAUAAGAUCUGGAAUAGGAGGAGAAGAGGGCCUCAAUGGGUCUUGGAGGAGAAGACUGAGGUAGCACCCGGCCCGUAUAAAAAUCUCGGGUCAGCUAGUUUCAAGUCUAUCGAGAUGUUUUAGUAGCAACUUAAAACAAAAAAAAA